AUGUCCUCUGACGAACCAAAGAUUGAAAACGUGGAAGAUUCCGUUCCAACCCUCGAAGAUGUUCCUUCCACUGCAGCUGGUGCUGAGCAAAAGGGUGAAUCCGCUGCUGCUGCCGCUGCUAGACACAGACAAUCCAAGGCUGAGAAGAAGAACAAGAAGGCUAUCCUCAAGGCUGGCUUGAAGGAAUAUGCUGGUGUUAAGCAAGUAACCAUCAGAAGUGCUCAAAGACUCACAUUGACCAUUGAUGAUCCAGAAGUCUACAUUUCUGAUAACGGAAAUGGUACUGCUACCUUUGUUGUCUUUGGUAAAUUCAACAUGGAGGACCCAACUCAACAACGUGGUGCUCAAGCUAUGCAAGAUUUGCUCAAGUCUAAGCCAGAGGAAGAAGAAGAAGAAAUGCCACCAAUGGAACCAGUCGAAGAAACCCCAGAGGAAUUGCCAGAAAAUGUUACUGAAAGUGAUGUUCAAAUGGUCGUUGACCAAACCGGAUUGACAAGAAACCAAGCAAUCCGUAGAAUUAAGGAGAAAGGAGGAGACAUUAUUGAAGCUAUUACCAGCGUGACUAAGUAA